AUGGCCACUGCUAUGCCAACCACGGAUGAGUUUCAUACAAAAGUUAAUGACAUGGAACUUGAAAUCUUCUCCCUUAUCUGGCUCAACGCUAAUACCAAAAUCACAGACAAUCGAGAUACAGAACAAAAGUUACGUUCUAUUAUCAAUCGUCUCACGAAAUUUCAAAAUGUAAAUGAAUGCCAAAAAUUUAUUGAAGAAAAAUCACAGCAUGAACGAGUCGUCAUGAUUGUUAGUGGCCGAUUAGGAAGAGAAAUAGUGCCGUCUAUUCACAAACUUCGACAAGUUAUAUCAAUCUAUGUAUACUGCAUGGAUAAAGAAGGUAAUAAACAAUGGGCAUGCAAAUUUGGAAAAGUAAAAGCUGUUAUUGUUGAACUUGAAGAUCUCAUAUGUCGAAUUACAGCUGAUCAUAAAAUCCAGAAAAAAGUGGAAGAACCAUUAUCAAUUAAUAUUUUUUCUACAAAUGCCGACGCAGGUAAAUCAACAACAGGCUUAAAUGGUCAAUUUGUUUUUUAUCAAGUUCUAAUUGAUUGCCUUCUGCGUCUAAAGUACACUAAAGCAGACAAAAAAGAACUUAUUCAAUUAUGUAAACAACAAUAUGAAGAUAACAGUGUGGAAUUGAGCAAUAUUCAUGAAUUUGAACAAGAUUGGUCAUCUAGUAAUGCUUUAUGGUGGUACACACGAGAAUCAUUCUUUUACAAAAUACUUAAUGCUGUUCUUCGUAAGCAAGAUAUUCAUUUUAUUUUUUUAUUUCGUUCAUAUAUCUUGGAUAUUCAUCAUCAAUUGAAAAAACAUCAAUCUGUGAAUUCUCUAAAAGUUUAUCGAAGCCAAAUGAUAUCCAGUGAUGAACUAAAAACUUUCCAACAAACUCAUGGUCAGUUUAUUUCAAUUAAUUCAUUUUUUUCCACCAGUACCAAUAAACAAAAAGCACUGUCAUUUCUCAAUGUUCCUACUGGUAUAGAAAAUUUGGAGCCAGUAUUAUUUGAAAUCGAUGCGAAUCCUAAGAUGGCAACUGCAAAAUCAUUUGCUGAUAUUAGUUCGUAUAGUGAAUAUAAGGAUGAAUCCGAAGUGCUUUUUAUGCUUGGUUCUAUUUUUCGCCUGAACAGUGUCAAUCAUAGCAAGGAUAAUCCAGUGUGGAUCAUCCAAAUGACAUUGUGUAGUGAUGAUGAACAUGAUUUAAAACAAGUUCUCGCCGAUAUGAAACAGCAGCUUGGUAGUGGAGAAACAAAUCUUCAAAUAUUAGGAAAAAUAUUAUCGGACAUGGGAAAAUUUUAUUUAGCUGAAAAAUACUUAACUGGUUUUUUGGAACAACUUCCACAGAAUUAUCCAUUACUUGGCAGUCUGUAUGAAGAUCUUGCCAAAGUCGCAUCACAGGCUGGUGACUAUAACAAGAGUGUUCAAUGGCAUAAAAAAGCUGUAGAAUUCAAAAAAUCAAAUCAACCCACUGCCAGUUCAAAUACUAAUCGAGCCAUGAGUUCUACGGGUAAGUUCAUUGAAAGAAAAUCUAUCACCGCAAAGCAACUAUCUCACAUGAAACAAAAUAUAUUAUAA